AUGACGCCAGAGGCCUGUCCAUACCGUCUCCUCUGCCGUUCCACUUCGCUGCUUGCGUCCCCUCCAUGGCUUCGUGCGGUUUGGCUCCUGCUGGUGGGCUCCAGCCGCCUCUCGCUGGGCACCCAGCCCCAGUCCAGCCUCAAAAUCGAGGGCGACAUCACCCUGGGGGGGCUCUUCCCGGUGCACUCCCGGGGCCCCGCCGGCUUGCCCUGCGGCGAGAUCAAGAGGGAGAAGGGGAUCCAUCGGCUGGAGGCCAUGCUGUACGCCCUGGACCAGAUCAACAGCGACCCCGACCUGCUGCCUAACAUCACCCUGGGGGCCCGGGUCCUCGACACCUGCUCCAGGGACACCUACGCCCUGGAGCAGUCGCUCACCUUCGUCCAGGCCCUCAUCCAGAAGGACAACUCGGGGGUCCGCUGCUCCAACGGGGAGCCCCCCAUCCUCCCCAAACCGGAGAGGGUGGUGGGAGUGAUCGGGGCGUCGGGCAGCUCCGUGUCCAUCAUGGUGGCCAACGUGCUCAGACUGUUUGCGAUCCCACAGAUCAGCUACGCCUCCACCGCCCCGGAGCUGAGCGACAACAGCCGCUACGAGUUCUUCUCCCGCGUGGUGCCCCCGGACUCCUACCAGGCCCAGGCCAUGCUGGACAUCGUCAAGGCCAUGGGAUGGAACUACGUCUCCACGCUGGCCUCCGAAGGCAACUACGGGGAGAGCGGCGUGGACGCCUUCGUGCAGAUAUCCAGAGAAGCAGGGGGUCUCUGCAUCGCUCAGUCCAUAAGGAUCCCCAGAGAGCCCAGGCGAGGCGAGUUCGACAAAAUCAUCAAGAGACUGAUGGAGACUUCUAACGCUCGUGGGGUAAUCAUCUUUGCUAACGAGGACGACAUCAAACGGGUGUUGCAGGCUGCGAAAAAAGCCAACCUGACAGGCCACUUCCUGUUCGUUGGGUCCGACAGCUGGGGGGCCAAAAGCUCCCCCAUCGAAGAUCAGGAAGAGGUGGCAGAGGGAGCGGUCACCAUCCUGCCGAAAAGAGCCUCUAUUGAUGGGUUUGACCAGUACUUCACCUCGAGGUCGCUCGAAAACAACAGAAGAAACAUCUGGUUCGCUGAAUUCUGGGAGGACGACUUCAAGUGCAAACUGACUCGACCUGGUAUAAAAUACGACCCCGACAGAAGGAAAUGCACAGGCGAAGAAAGAAUCAGCCGGGACUCUCAGUACGAACAGGAGGGCAAGGUGCAGUUUGUCAUCGACGCCGUGUACGCCAUGGCCCACGCGCUGCACAGCAUGCACAUGGACCUCUGUCCCGGCUCCAUGGGCGUCUGUGAGAAGAUGGACCCCGUGGAGGGGCGGAUGCUCCUCCAGUACAUUCGCUCUGUAAACUUUAACGGCAGCGCAGGUACGGCAGUGAUGUUCAAUGAGAACGGAGACGCUCCCGGUCGCUACGAUAUCUUCCAGUACCAAAUGUCCAACGUCAGCAACCCCGGCUACAGGGUCAUCGGCCAAUGGACAAACCACCUGCGACUUAACGUGGAGGAGAUGCAGUGGUCAGGAGGUGACCGCAAGAUCCCGGAGUCUGUGUGCAGUUUCCCCUGUGAGCCCGGUGAGAGGAAGAAGAUGGUGAAAGGCGUUCCCUGCUGUUGGCAUUGUGAGCUCUGUGACGGCUACCAGUUCCUGCUGGACGAGUUCUCCUGUGACAUGUGCCCUUUUGACAUGCGGCCCCUGAAGAACCGCACAGGCUGUCGGCCCACGCCCAUAAUCAAGUUGGAGUGGAGGUCUCCCUGGGCCAUCAUCCCUGUCUUCUUGGCCAUACUGGGAAUCCUAGCCACGACCGGCGUCAUCGCCACUUUCAUCCGAUUCAACGACACGCCCAUUGUUCGCGCAUCUGGCAGAGAGCUGAGCUACGUCUUGCUGACGGGCAUCUUUCUCAUCUACCUCAUCACCUUCUUCAUGAUUGCGGAGCCCAGUGCCGGUGUGUGCACCAUACGCAGGCUGCUGCUAGGUCUCGGGAUGUGCAUUACCUAUUCCGCGAUGCUCACCAAGACCAAUCGGAUCUACCGGAUUUUUGAACAGGGCAAGAAAUCAGUCACGCCUCCCAAGUUCAUCAGCCCCACUUCUCAGCUGAUUAUCACGUUCAUCCUCAUUUCGGUUCAGUUAUUGGGGGUGUUCAUUUGGUUUGGCGUGGUUCCCCCUCACACUACCAUUGACUACGAUGAGCUAAAGCCUCCGAAUCCCGAGUUUGCACGCGGUAUCCUGAAGUGCGACAUGUCUGAUCUGUCCCUCAUACUCUGUCUGAGCUACAGCAUUGUGCUCAUGAUCACCUGCACGGUGUACGCCAUCAAGAGCAGAGGAGUCCCGGAGACCUUCAACGAGGCAAAGCCCAUUGGCUUCACCAUGUACACCACCUGCAUCAUCUGGCUGGCCUUCGUUCCCAUCUUUUUUGGAACAGCACAGUCUACUGAGAAGAUGUUCAUCCAGACCACCACCCUGACCGUCUCCAUGAGCCUGAGCGCCACCGUGUCCCUGGGCAUGCUCUACAUCCCCAAGGUCUACGUCAUCAUCUUCCACCCGGAGCAGAACGUCCAGAAAAGGAAGCGCAGCUUCAAAGCCGUGGUCCAGGCGGCCACCGUGUCCACGCGCCUGUCCCAGAAGGUCAACGACAGGCAGAACGGCGAGUCCAAGAUGGAGCCGGACAGGUCUCAGUGACACGACGGGGGGCGGGGGGACAUUUAGAGCUGGAAACAUCUGAGCGUCUGUUUCUGUCCUUGAGUUGUGGAACCAAACUACCAGCAAAUGUGGAGGUUUAUAAAACUUUAUUCAACCUGGAGGGAAACAUGGAAACAAAGGAAAAACUGACACUCACACACAUAGGGACUGUAACAAUACUGAGUUUUUUAAUACUCCUUUAUCCACUUACAGCUCUAGACUGUAGGUGGAUAAAGGGGAGGUGGGAUUAAUUACAUUUCAAAAAUAUGAAAUUGGUGCACAGGUUUGAAUUCACUGUUGAUUUUCUGAUGCAAAAAGGGACAAAAUGAGACGUAGAAGCUCAAAUAUAUACGUGAACAUCCGCCGAUAUUUGAAAUGUCCUUCAGCACACUGCAGAGAAACCACACACCUUUUGAGGGGGUCAGCAUAAUUCUGCAUGGAUAUUUCACCAUUCUUCUUAGGCUUGGUCAACGCAUUUAAAUCGCAUUCAUUCCACAAGCCUAACGUCGGCCUGCUCCAUGCAUUCCAAAAAACAGUUUUAAUUAGGAGUGCACCGAUCAAUUUUACAGAUAGGACGAUACCUACAAGAGAAACCGAUCUUAUCUAGCUCUGCAAAGGUGUGUCCUUUUUCUCUCCUGGCUUAACUGACAGAUCUUCUACCAGGUCACAGCUGCACGUCGCCAACGAUUUGACUUUGUUGCUUUAUUUGCCAACUUUUCAGACCAAAAAAAAAUAAAAAUCUGUGUCGGCCAAAAUUGGAGUCGACAAGUCAGGCUUUUUAAAAGGUAGGAGAUCGACUGGAAAACUUGAGUCGGUGCAGCUCUAGUUUGGGAUCAGUGUCCUGUUGGAACAUCCACUGGUGGCCAAGUUUCAGACGACUACCUGUGAAGUUCAAGAAUCUUGCUCUAGUCCUCCUGCUUCAACGAUCAAACAUCCAACUGCAAAUUGUGCCUGAAGUUCAAAAUCUGUGCGGGUUUCAAAGCGAUUUCUACAUAUAUGAGCCUAUAGUUAUAAUGGUCACCCUUUGUGGAGAACAAAAAAAUUUAUAUCUAAUUUCUAAUGGUUCUAAUGAGUCUCUGAAAGCCCUUCGUGAAUAGAUCCAUGCCUACGAUUGGUGGACAUAAACGUCUCGGCAGGACUGUCCUUAUACUUCAGCUCAAUGGAGGCGUGUUAGAAGUUUAAACGCUCCUUCGGAAAUACAUGUUGGGGAAAAGAAAAGCAUUUUCCUUGGACCUACAGGAAGAUUUACAUUGUUAGUGGAAGCCGUUGGGGCUGAGCGGCUCCUGAAGCACUGCAUGGUCUCUGUGUUUGUGAAUGUUUCACACGUUGUUUAUGAGGGACUGGAGGGAGGUAGAUUUAAAACAUAUCACUAUGUCUGUAUCGCUGCUGGUCUCAAUAGCCAGUCGCUUAUGUCAUGCAAUAUUUCUUUUUUUUUUACUAAGGUAAUAAUGAGACAACCUAAUUUGUUUUUAGGUGGAAACUUCAUUUCGGGGCGCAAACAGGACGUGGGUGAUUGUGAGCAGGAUGUUUUGUUCUCUACCUGGUACUUUCACAUCAGCAUUCUGGAAAACAAUGUUUGGUAUUUCCCCAUAUUGUUUGUGAAAAUAUGAAGCGUUCUGUGAAAAGGUCAGGCUGCGUGGCAGCUAUGCUGCUACCGCCCGAGAAGCUGCCUGAGCGCAGCCGGUCGGCCUUCGUCACGAUGAAAAUACAGCCGAGGAAAUGUUGGGAAUGAUUGAAAUGACACUGAAUCAAUACGAGCUCCUGUUCGCCUAAUAGACCUGCUUUAGUUUCCUUUGUAAACUUCAUUCAUCUCAGGAUUUUCUUUUUGUUUUUUUCAACAAAGUAAAUAGUUAAGGAGCACGACUUGAACUUUUUCACUUUCUCGUUUCACCAAACUGAAGAAAAUGUUUUUUCCUGUUAGUGGUGCUUCUUUGUUUGAAGGAUGGGCUGCAGGUUAGCGGUCCGUUUUUUUUUUUUAGAAAUUAAAAUUUGUAAAUAUGAAGUGUGAAUAGGUGACCGAGAAUUCAAACAAGGUUUGGUUCAGAGUUUGAUUUUUUUUUUUUGUACCUAAUCUUAUCCUCAAAAUUGAAAAUAAUUGCCUUUCUUUUGAUGUUUAGUGAUAGAAAUAAAAUGGUGUUAGCUUGUACUGCUAACAGCAUUGUUAGCACAUCAGUUAGCAAAUCCUGCUGGUUUUUGAACCUUGACCUGAAACAUGGUUUGACGUCAGUUGUGUUGCAUCACAGCAACUGAAUCCUAUCAGAUCUGAGCAGCCACCUUCACUUAAUUCACGUUUACAUCACAAAACAUUUGUUGGCAGGUUGUUCUUCAAUAAGAAAAGAAAUUAUUUAAUUUGGAUUAUGGCUUACAGCUAUGAAAAUUAAAAUUUCAGUUCCUUAAGUAAGAAGUACU